AGGUUGCAUUUUAUUCCUUUCUCAAAAUGAAUACAAAAAAAUUCAAGAAAUACACAUUAGAGCAGGAUUACAAAAGGCCUAAAGAAAUCUUUCUUCUUCGAGAAGAAUUCGUCAGAGCAAAGCUUCCCUUCUUCACUAUUAAGAUCAUUAUUAUUCAAAACGGAGGUUGAACAAGUCUUUACAACAUGAUAUAUCGCAAGCUUUUCAGAGUGUAUGCCUCUUAUGCUUUUUACAAACCAUAAGUAUGCAAUUUCUUGCAAUUGCCAAGAAAGUUGUAGCAAUUCAACUUAGUGCAGAAAUUCGAAGACAAGCUCAAAACUACACAAGUAAAAAUGGAAAUUCUUGCAACUUAAACAUGCAGAUUUCCAACCAAAGAUUGUUUCCAAGGGUUAAACCCAUUUUAACCCAAACAUGUUAAAUACAAUUCUCAAAAAAAAAAAAAAUUCCAGAACAUGCAAGCAAAACCAAAAUUGUAACAAUCUCGAAAUGAUGUACAAUUCGCAAUAUGGCUAACUAGAUGAUACACUGAAACACAAUUUCUCGUAAUCAUACAAAAUCCAAACAUGCUGAACUUCAUACCUAAAAAUUUUUCUACCGUGACUAUUUGCCUAUCCAGAAUAUGCUAAAUUCAGAAC